AAACGAAAGCAGGCGUUUUUUCUAGUCCUCGCCGGACACACGUUCCAGCGGGCGACCUGUAAAAAGCUGGCGCUGCGCUGCUACUCGCUCGUGCUGCGACACUGUACAACGACAUCAAGUGGAGCCAGCGGAUAUCAGUUGGACACCUUGUUGAACAAUGAGGACUUUUUGCACCACCAGGUGAUCAUGGACAAAAAUAAAGCUGGGGAUAACUACAGCACGAGGAAGAACAAUAAGAGCGGGGCCCCCGCCUAUGGGAGCAGAAAUUAUGUUCCAGCUUCUGCAAGUGCCAUGAAAUUGAUGUCCUCCUGGUCACGCACAGCGGAUCAUUGUCACUUCACCAUGGC